UUAAGAAAAAAAUUUGAGUGCAUCGCGAUGGAGAAAAUGUCCCGACCGCUCCCCCUGAAUCCCACCUUUAUUCCGCCUCCCUACGGCGUGCUCAGGUCCUUGUUGGAGAACCCGCUGAAGCUCCCCCUUCAUCACGAAGACGCGUUUAGUAAAGAUAAAGAUAAGGAAAAGAAGCUGGAUGAUGAGAGUAAUAGCCCAACGGUCCCCCAGUCGGCGUUCUUGGGACCCACCUUAUGGGACAAAACCCUUCCCUAUGACGGAGAUACUUUCCAGUUGGAAUACAUGGACCUGGAGGAGUUUUUGUCGGAAAAUGGCAUUCCCCCCAGCCCGUCCCAGCACGACCACAGCCCUCACCCUCCCGGGCUGCAGCCGGCUUCCUCCGCAGCCCCCUCCGUCAUGGACCUCAGCAGUCGGGCGUCUGCACCCAUUCACCCUGGCAUCCCAUCCCCGAACUGCAUGCAGAGCCCCAUCAGACCAGGUCAGCUGUUGCCAGCAAACCGCAAUACACCAAGUCCCAUCGAUCCUGACACCAUCCAGGUCCCGGUGGGUUAUGAGCCAGACCCCGCAGACCUUGCCCUCUCCAGCAUCCCUGGCCAGGAAAUGUUCGAUCCGCGCAAACGCAAGUUCUCAGAGGAGGAACUGAAGCCACAGCCCAUGAUCAAGAAAGCACGCAAGGUCUUCAUCCCCGAUGAUCUGAAGGACGACAAGUACUGGGCCCGGCGCAGGAAGAACAACAUGGCAGCCAAGCGCUCCCGCGACGCCCGGAGGCUGAAGGAGAACCAGAUCGCAAUCCGGGCGUCCUUCCUGGAGAAGGAGAACUCGGCCCUGCGCCAGGAGGUGGCUGACUUGCGGAAGGAGCUGGGCAAAUGCAAGAAUAUACUUGCCAAGUACGAGGCCCGGCACGGGCCCCUGUAGGUUGGUGGUUUUGUGGGCUGGCUUCCGAAUAGAUGGACAAUGUGUUUCCCGCCCGAUAGCACCACACCUGAAGCAACCUUUCUGACAUCAGCACUUUACCGGAGGCGUAAACCCAACUGACUCACGUUCUGGUGUACGUGCGCGCGCGUGCUUGUGCUCCCGUGUGGUCCAAGGCGCGCGCGCGUGCCUUUGCACUUGCCAUGUUAAGGUAGCCCUCUCGUCGUCUUUCAGUUCCGAAAAAGAAAGGUGCCGUGUUUUUACUGGACUGAGGAGACACCCCCUGACAC